CACGGUCAAUCGUAAUACCGCGUUUGCGAUGUUCACCCGUUAUUAUUGUUUUCUGUCGACAAUAUUACAUUAAUAUUAUUCACGGUUUUAAUUUUUAAAGAACCUACCUACAAUCACGGUUAUUCUGUCGGGGUAAACUGUGAAUAAAAGAACGAUUUUUUACUGUCGGAAUAUUAAUAUGUUUUAUUUGUUAGCCGCCGGCCGGUCGGACUGAUAAUAGAAGAAAAUAUUGCAUGAUUAUCGAUCGUUAUUUUAGUUCUGUGUCGGGCGCCGCGACCGUCGUGGUCCAGCUGCUGCUGCCGACACUACCUCCGCCAGGGCAGUUGUACUUCUUUACUAUUAUCAUAAUAUUUUUAAUCAUACUAUUAAUAUAUAUAUUAUUGAAUAAUAUUAAUAUUUUAUCAGCCUUUUUAUGGCGUCUAUUAGCUGACGCAUUAACCUUUACUCUUUCACCCAUUUCGGGCGAUUGUAUUGUUUUUUUUUUUUUUUACCUAUAUAAAAAUCUUCCAAAAGUAUUAAUUUUUUUACCAAUUAUUAUUAUUUAUCAUCAUUUAUCGGACUACAUGAGUACUGCGACGGAGAUUUCAAAAUCACUACGCAUUCACGCAUAUUAUAUUUAAAUUAAAAUAAGAGAUUAUAUAAUAAUAUUAAUCAUUAUUAAUUUUUAUUCGAUUAACGAAUACCAACCCAUUUUUUUUCUUUUACAGACAAUAUUAUGUACCUAUAUCUAGUUACCACUUACCACACAAACAUUUUAUUUUUAAAACCUUAUAAAUGUUUAUAAUUUAUUAAUUAUUACCGUAUAAUAAUUUUUACAUCGUCUUUUUUCAACUAAAAUAAUAAAAUAAUAAAUAAUAUGCAGAACUAUUUUCAUGGACAGUUGGUUUUAUAAUAAUUAGGAGUCUACUUCAAAAAAUAAUUACAUCAGAAAAAUACCGUAAUGGAUAAACACAAACUCAAAACACAGAAAUCGCAACAAAUAUUUCAUUUCGACGAGCAUAAUAUUGAGAAAAUAUGUACAAGUUUAGAAAAUGAAAUCGAAACCUUGAAAGUAGUCAAAAUACAAAAUCAGCCAUUAAAGACACCCGACGUUCAACUCUUCAAAACUACGUUGUAUGAAACUGAAACCAAUACUCUUUUAGAAUUACCGUCUUUGGCACCGUCCAAGAAUAUUUCAAACAUUACAAAAAACGAGAUAAUAAAAACUACUAAAUAUGUGUUAUCUGAUGCUGUGCAAGCUUCAAGAUAUUUUCAAAGAACACAACACACACAAACAGAAGCAAUCACUUUAAAAGAUCAGUCAAAUAUUGCAUCUGUAUGGAUACUUCAAAAGGAAAUCGAUAACAAUGCGUCAAUGGAAAAAAUCCCAAAAUUUAAAUCAAGCGACAAUUUCAAAAAAAUGUUGUUUAUAUCUGACCGAAUUGUGACGUCAAACAAUUUUUCCAAAAAACAGAUUGAAUUCAUAACUCGACAUACAAGUGACAAACUGAACUCAAUGUCUUACCGCUAUACGUUAGAAGAAAUAUUACAAUUUUCAAACGAUAAAUUAACGAAUUUUUCGGUCUCGUCGUUCGUAUGGAAUACUAUGAAUGAAGACAUUUUGGCAGUGGGUUACGGAAAAUGGAACGACGAAUCGAAUGGUUUUAAAGGUGCUGUUUGUUGUUGGUCGCUAAAGAAUCCUGUUUAUCCGGAAAGAAUGUAUGAGUUCAAUAAGCCUAUUACUUGUCUUGAUUUCUCAAAAACCAAAGCUAACAUCCUAGUCGCCGGCAGUCACGGAGGAUGCGUAUACAUAUUGGACAUAGUCCAAGAAAUCUGUGAUCCAGUGAUAGUUAACGAGAAAAACUUACAAAACUUCCCUAUAUGGAGUGUUGUAUCGUUUUUACAAAAAAGUUAUACAUCAGAAGACGAAUUUAUACUAUCCGUGGAUGGCAACGGAUCGGUACGUAAAUGGUCAGGCGGUGUUUCCAAGACGUACAACACAGAACAAAUGUCGUUGAUAUAUUGUGGAAUCCGAAACGAUGCCGCAAAACCGAACAUUUGCAAAUUCGACUAUUCAACCAUUGUUCAAAAUAUGCCGGGAACGGUUAUAUCGUUUCACCCAACUAAUAAAAGUACAUACUUUGUUGGGACUAAAGUUGGUUUUAUCGUACAGAACACAGUUGAUAGCUGCAAUCAUUACGACAAAAUUUUUAUGGCUCAUAAUGGUCCUGUUUACGGAAUUAAAUUUUCGCCUUUUUGCUCAAGUAUUUUCAUUACAUACGGAGCCGACUGGCAAAUCAAAAUUUGGAUGGAAAACGUUGACGUGCCGCUAUUGUCCUUGUGUUAUUGUAACGCUGUAGACGACGCCGAUUGGUCGCCAAUCAACUCCACGGUUAUUGUCAGCGUCAGCGGCGCAGUCAUUUGCAUUUGGGAUUUUGCGCGAAAAACGGUCGAGCCUGUCAUGAUGUUUACAUGCAAGACGGGCGUACACUUCUCACUGGUGAAAUUUUCUAAACAUGGUAAUAAUAUUGUCACUGGUGAUGUAAAUGGACAGGUUAGAUGUUUUCACAUCAGUAACAUGCCUUCGCCUUCAUUUCUCCAAAAAAGUUCUAUUCUAACAGCUCUGGAGAAUAUGAUGUCAUCAAAUCAUGAACUUGUUCAGAUAAUUAAAAAAACAAUGAUGAAAAAAUAAAACAUAAGUUCACACCUAUACAAUAAUCACAUUUCCAUUCAACACUUGGAUAAUGGAUAUCUAAUGCUUCAAUUUUCUAGACUACAUUUUGAGCAUCUUUCUUUGUCAAGUUAAAAGUACAGCACAGUUGCUGAAA